AAAAGUGCUACAAAAUAUAUUCACCUACAGCUGAGAGAUCGUCUGGAGUUUGCAACUAAAAGAUUUCAAGGCGAAAAUUGUAUUUGAAAGUGGAAUUGCAGGGCGAAGAAAAAAUUUUGCUGCAAGAAAAAUUCCCAGAUCAAAUAACGAAAGUCAGGCGACGAACCAACAACAACAGCAAGUACCAGGCACCAAUCAGCAGCAACAGAAACAGACGGGACAGCGGGGACAGACAGAACGAGGAGAGGACCAACAGACGAGAGCGGCAACGGCUUCACAUUGGACAUGUCAUGUCAGCAAGUGUCCAGAUUUCAUCCAGCCACAACAGCAACAGCAGCAGCAGCACUAGCUAGGAACACAGCCACCAAAAGAAUUGCCACAGCAGCAGCGGUAGCAAUAAGCACAGCAGCAGCCGCAACAGCAGCCACGCUGACGCCGGGGGAGAGCGUCGCCGGCAAGACGACGACAGAGGACUCGGAUCCGUAUGCAUUCACAGAGACCGUUUCAGUCGCGCCGCCAAUUCUAUUCAAUGCACAGAAAUCGCGAGCCCGCUUAAGCGAAAACAACAACAAGAGCAACAGCAACAGCAACAAUAGGAGGCUAGCAGCAACAGCUGGGGCAAGCAACAGAAAGGCCACUCUUGCGGCACAGCUGAAUGCCACAGCAGCAGCAGUAGCAGCAGCAGCAGCAGCAACAGCAACCGCAAAGGCGCAGGCGUCUUUAGCAACAACAACAACAGCAACAGCAACAACGAAUUUCAAUAAUGUCACGCAAUCUCAGAGACAGCAGCCAGCUUUGUCGCCGGCGCAGUUGCCGCUGCAAGCGCAAGCGUCACCGAAGCGGGCUACCAACGUCUGCAUCGUGCGGCCGCAGCAACAGCAGCAGGAGAAACUAGCAGCAGAGGCAUGCCAGCAGCCGCCCACACCACCUACGCCGCCGCCACCUCUCUACUCCCAUACGCCCUCGCUGUGGCAGACGCCGCUCAUUCUGGACAUCAGCCAGAAGCAGCAGCAGCCGCAGCACCCGUACCAGCAGCAGCAGAACCAUCAUCAGCUCCAGGCUGUGUCCAUUUCAUUGGCCAGUCCGCCUACAUCGCCCGCCUCGUUACCCUCGCCCACUCUGACACCCACAGCAGCUGUGACCGCCAUGGUGUCACCGAUUGUCUCGCCCAAGGGUGGCCUGCCCCUGCCGCCGUCGAAGUUCCAUCACACCACAUUGGCCCAGCACUUGCAGAAGGUAGAGUGCCUCAAGAAGAAAAAGUCCUUGCCGCUGACAUGCCAGAACAACAAUAACAAUAACAAGCAACAUAACCACAUGGUAGAGUCACUGAACAAGACGAUAGGGACAACAACUACAACGUACAACCUGACACAACCGCCACCACUGACGGUGUUCAAUACGGGAACAGUCCAAGCGGCGGCUCCUCCGCCAGCAGCAGCCGCUCCUCCACAGAAACAGAAACAUUCCACCAGCAGCUUGGAUGAUAGCGAUCUCAAUGAGAUACCCGUCAAUGUUAUCUUUCGCAAGCCGCCAGUCUUGAUGGCCGGAACAGGAGUAGGAGGAGUAGCAGCAGCACCAGCAGGACAAGCCCAGCCGAACGGAGUCAAGAUGUUGCUACCCACGCCGCCGGCAACUCCACCAGAGGUGACAACGCCACCGCUACUGGCUCAUCGACUGCCGCAGUCGCAGCAGCCAGCUGUUGGCAUCCCAGCUUUGGCUCCCAGCUCGAAAGCUUCUGCUCCAGUUGUUUCCCUGGGAUCUGCUGUGCGUUCUGCGGGUACUCUGCUGGUCGUCUCAGAAGGCAGCACCCCUGCAGCAGCCACACAGGCAACGUGUUCGCUUCACACACCCCUCAACCCGCCCGUUAAUCCUGCAGCAUCCAUCAAAUCUGAACAAAUGUCUUCCAAAGUUGCCAAUGCUAAUGCUGCCGUCAAUGCAAACGCCGCGCCAAAACGUCAAACGCCAGGAGCUGCUGCUGGCGGCAGAAGAGGCAACAACAACAAAACCAACAAUGCAGCGAGCGUCGCCAAGAAGAAUUUAGCGUCAAAGCCACCUCCACCACAGGAUCUGAAACCGAAUCCGAUUGUACCCCCCAUACCCAUUGCAGACAAGACAGAACCUGCUGUCCGCCAGCGGCGGCGUAAGGCCGCCUCCAAGCGCUACUCUGCGACGAUCAACGAAAAUGAGACGACGGACAAUGCGACAGACUCGCCGUACUGUUUGCAGCAGCAUUGGAUGCACACCACCGGCAGGGAUAUGAUCCUUGACUUUCCCCUCUCGCCCAGCAAUCGCCGGGAGGAACGGAUUGCCGUCCGCAAGGGUAUGCUGAGGCGUCAGGCGCUGCAGCUACAGUCCACUCGAUCUCUGCAGGAUUUGCCAGUGCGAGCGGCCCGCCAGCGCCUCCAGUGCGUCCAAAAUAUGCUGGUCAAAUAUCAGGAUCACGCAGGACAGCAGCAGGGCAUAGGGAUUGGCAAUCGCUGCCUGGUGUCCACCUGUAAACAGCCCACGCUCACCAUGGCCGCCCACUGCGAGCGCCAUAUUGUGAACAACAGCACCCAGCAGCUGUUCCAGCCGUGUGCCGCCUGGCUCAUGGACGGCACCGCCUGCCUGGCGCCUGUCUUCGAUGUCCUGCAUACGCUGCCCCUGUGCACAAUCCACAGCCACCUUCGUGCCGGCCUCGAGAUGGUCCGGCCAAUGGCCAAGCUGACGGCCGCGAAUCUGCCUUUGGCAGUGGCAACACCCGUAGCGGCCGUGCCGGCUAAGCGCAAACGCAAGGCGAAUCCCAAUCCUGUGAGUCGGCCGCAGAAACGGGGCAGGAAACCGAACACUGAGCAUCAGAUGAGCCACCAAAUUAGUAGCCAGCCUACCACGCUACCGGUGAUGCCGCCGGUAGUGAUGCAGCGAAAGAGCAGCACCACCUCGCUGGAGUCCAUAGCCAGCAAUUCGCAGUGUUCCUCGGCCAACUCUCAUUCCCAGCUGUCCUAUACGCCGCUCACACCCACGCCAACGCCAACGCAAACGUUCACACCCGCGCCAGUCCCAGUAUCUGUGCCACCGCUACCCGGUUUGCCACACUUGUCCAUACCGCCGGCGCUAGCUCCUCUCAGCGGGGAUUACCAACCGAAGCAGCAACAGCAGCAAAAGCAGCAUCAGCAGCAACAGCAUCAGGCGCUGUUUAAAUUCGAGGCUGAUCCCCACGUGCAGCAGUUGGAGAGUGGCCUCAAUAUGCUGGCCAGUGCCAAUAUCAAUAUCAAGGCCGAAGAGAUCAACCAAAUUGUGGCACAGCUGGCGGCGGCUGGUGGGGAUCUGCAGCCGCAAAGCAACCUGCACAACAACAACAAUAGCCUACACUUUAACAACAACAACAUGAGCUACAGCAACAACAAUAGUUUCCCCUCGUUCAACGCUGCCUUCGGCAAUGCCAUUGGUCAGCCCACGCACAACGGCCACCAGACGGCUCUGGCCCUGGCCAACACGGCGAAUCUGUUGGGCCAGGACAUGUUCGGUAUAUGCGAGAACAGCUCGGCGUACGCCAGUUCCGAGGACACGGGACUGGGUGGCCUGAGCGAGUCGGAGCUGAUUGGCGCUAACGAUGCUGAUGACAUAGCAUUGAAUGGCGCCCACUUGCUGGAGGAGCACGAUCUGGUAAAUGUGUUCGACACGCUGCCGGACGAUGCCUUCAACGAGCUCUUUCAAUCCGUGCAACAAGCCGAGUGCGAGGCCAUGGAUCGGGCGCUCGAGAUCGCCGACAAGAACCUCAAGUGUCUGCAACAGACGAUUGUCGGCUCAGAGGAUAACGACCUGCUUAGCGAUUUCCUCGAUGAUAUGUUAGCCGACGGGGUAAUUAGCUCAACGAACACUUCCGGCAUCGAUGCCGCCACGCUGUUCGUCGACAGCAGCAGCGGCGGCGGCACCAGCAGCAGCAACAGCGCCAACAGCAGCUGCACGCCGGCCUCCGCCUCCGUGGCAGACAUACGCGGCUUGGUGCAGACCUAAGACGCGGUGGUCCCGGCCGAGGACCAGAUCAAAGGCUAUAGCUGGCACACGGCUAGCGUCACUUUCAAGAGAUCAUUCGAGCUAUGAACUGCACUUUCUUCUGAGCAGCUUUCGUGAAGAGUUUAGGUGUUUUCGGCAAAUUUCUCACCAGAUUCUGGUUCGGCACACACUUCUAUAUAAAUGCUGCUCGAAUGUAUGUAUCUUUAUAGUAUAUGCGCCUGCACAUAUGCAUAGGGAAAUCGUAUAGAUAUGGGUUAAAUGUAAAAAUCAAAAACAAAAAAAAAACACUAAAAAUUCGAAAAAAUUGAGUAAAAAAAUUUCGAUAAAAUAUUUAAAGCAACUUAAACAACAAAUACCUAAUAAAAGAAACAAAAAAAGAUUGAAAGUAUAUGUGUGUGAGAAGACACGAACACUCACACAUGCACACAACCGACACACACACACACACAGAGCAGUAGCAUUAUAUAGCUCUUAAUGUAAUCUUAAUUGUUAGCAAAACAACAACAACAACAACAACAAACGAGGAUUGUAGAGUGCAGCUUUAUUAUACAUACAUAAAGAAGAGACAGAUAUACAGACAAGAAUUAUAUAGAAAGAAAUCAGAAGCAGAAACAGAAACAGAAACUAGAAAUCAGAACACGGACACUAGAGAAAAACCCAAAACCCACGUCUGUAGGGAAUCAUAGCAACAGAUUUCGAUUUUCAAUUAAAUUCGAUGGCAUUCAUCGUUCAGCUAAGUUAUCAAAUGAAUUUGUUUAAACAACUUUGUGGGAGCGCAUUUACAGCAGAAACACUUUACACUCGAGAUCGAGAUAUCUAGGUAUUCAGAUAUUCAGAUAUCCAGAUAUGAGAAUUGCAAUCAAUUACAAAGCAAAGAAAUACAAAAACAGCAGACGGAUAAAAAUGAUUAUUAGUAGUUUUUGUAUAAUACUUGAUUUGCACACACAUACACACACACAUACAAUACACAGAUACAUUUAUACACACACAUACAUACAACGUACAAGGGACUAGUUUGAAACCGCGAAUCGUAUUACUAAAUAUACAUACUAUAUACUUAUAUAAA